AUGGAGCCGUACCUCGGGGACAUCGACCGAUACAUGCGGUCCCUGGAGGCAUCGAGGAGGCCGAGGGAUGACUAUAUCUGGACAACACAGGAAGAUAUCAAUCCCAAGAUGAGGGCGGUCCUAGUUGACUGGCUGGUGGACGUGUCUUGUACAUUCAGGCUUCCUGCUGACACACUUCACCUUGCAGUUUCAUAUGUCGACCGCUUCCUCACAGCAAGUGUCAUUAAAUGGCGCGAGUUGCAAUUACUUGGUGUGACCGCAUUGCUUGUUGCUGCGAAAUAUGAAGAUGACAUAUUUGUGCAUGAGGUCCAAAGAUACAGGGGCGUUACUGCCAACACGUACACCACGAAGCACGUUGUGAAGAUGGAGACUGACAUACUGAAAUCUCUUAACUUUGAGAUGGGGAGUCCUACUGCAAGAACUUUUCUACGGAGAUACAUAACUGUUUGCCGCGGACGCGAUCGCGCAAAAGCAAAGAAGCUGGAGUUUCUGUGUAGCUACCUUGCAGAAUUGAGCUUGCUGGACUAUGACUGCAUACAGUUCAAUCCAUCAGUUGUUGCUGCUGCCUGCCUUUUUUUGGCCAGGUUCACAAUCAGCCCAACUGCCCGUCCUUGGAACCUGACGCUGCAAAGGAACACGAAAUACAAGGUCUCUGAUCUCAAGUCUUGCAUCUUGAUGAUACACAAAUUGCAGUUGAAUGGAUAUCCGGGCCUGAAAGAAGACGCCAUCAAAGUCAAGUAUAAUGAUCGCGAGCUUGAGCAUGUGUCGGCAAUGGAUCCACCUGAAAAUAUCCCUCUGCGUUUCCUCAAGGACAUCGGACAGUGA